AUGUGUAAGGUGUUUGCAAUGACUUUGCGAGGAGCAGCUCAAGAUUGGUUCCAUACCCUGCCAUCCGGGUCGAUCAACAGCUUUAAGGAGCUUACUUACGUCUUCACUAAAGAAUACACUUCUUAUCGGACGAUCAAGAAGAACCCUAACCAUCUGUUCAACCUGCGCAAGAAGCCUGAGGAAUCCCUUCGAGAUUACAUCAAGAGGUUCAAAGCAGAAAAGGCCAACAUCGUAGGGUGCGAUGACCAAAUCGCAUCCUCUGCAUUCAAGAAAGGUCUUCCAGCAGAACAUGACUUAUACCACGAGCUGACUAUCACUCCCAGCCAGACUCUAGCAGAGGUCUUUGCGACCGCAGAACGCUACGCACUCUGGGAUGACGAUCGAAUCGCCGCGAAGAAGUCCACUGAGCAGGAAGAUCGACGGGCUAAACGGGCAGAACAAAGAGGCGACAGGCUUGGCAGCAGGGACAAAGACAAAGGCAGGUCACGCCCACAAAGAGAGGCCACGACGAAAGAGAACUACACCAAGUUCUCUAUCCCCAUACAUCAAAUUCUAGCCCAAGUGAAGAACAAACCUUGGGUAAAAAGACCGCCACCCUUGAAAGGAGAUCCGGACAAGAGGGAUACCAGAAAAUAUUGUGCCUUCCAUGCGACACAUGGGCACAAUACGAAUAAUUGCUUUGCUUGGAAAGCGCAUCUCGAAGAACUCGUAAGAGAAGGUCAUUGCACGGAGUUCAUCGCGAAGCAAGCCAUCCAGCAGAUAGAAGACCGCGAUACCGCCAAGGAGCCACCGCAGAAGGUCAUAAGGAUUAACACAAUCCUAGCCGACUCCGAGGAGUCCGGACUGACCAACAAAGAAAAGAAUAGGAAGAUCAAACAGGCUACCAUGAUCUCCCAAGUCUCAACUAGUUUCUCACUGGCAGAAGACGAUCCCGUGAUCGGCUUUCAAAAGAAAGACUUAAUCGGCCUGGAUCUACCGCACAACGAUGCCCUUGUCAUCAGCAUUCAAAUCGCUCAGGCCAUGGUCGACCGAGUCCAUGCAGAUGAGGGCAGUGCAGCCAACAUCCUACAAUUGGCAGUCGUCCAACAGAUGGGCUUAGAGGCAAAGAUCAAUAAAUCAGCCAAGUCCCUGACUGGUUUCAAUGACGCAACGACGGUUACCGUGGGCACGAUAGAUCUCGACGUCUACUCUCCACCUGUAAUCAGCUCGCAAACGUUCAUGGUCUUUGAUGAGAUCUCACCCUACAAUGGCAUUCUAGGCAGACCAUGGAUCGGCCAGAUCAACGCCAUCACCUCUGCCACACAUCAGAAGAUUCGCUACCCAAUCCCUGGGGGCGGUAUCGGCCAGAUCAACAGCGAUCAAGCAAUGGCAAGAAAAUGCUCAGCUCAAGGGCUGAAGAAAAGCAAGCAAACACAGUUCCUCCCUGUGAAUCAGGCAGAUCUAAAGGGAGUAGAACAAGCAGAGGAGAAAGCAGAUCCCGUUCCUGACGGCCGAGCAGACCAGAAAGGAAAGGGAAGAGCUACUCCCCAAUAG